AUGUCGCUGUGGUGCAUUCGUCCUAAGGGACAACAGUCACCUGAUGAGAAGCUAUAUGUUAACACCACAUUGUUCUCACUGAAGAUUCAUCAUGGGGGUUCUUUCACAAAGUUUCCCAGAAGGAUGUAUGUGAACGAGAGUCAAGGACCUUUGAAACCAAAGGCUACAGAGAUACUUGAGAAGAUAAUGGAGAAGGCUGCUGAUAUGUCUGUCCAAUGGAAUUCUGUGAACAAGUACCAGGUUAAAGGGAACUCACUUGAGCAGUUUGUUGUUGACAUGGUAGACAAAACCUGUUCUUGUAAAAGGUGGGAAUUAACUGGUGUUCCUUGUAAGCAUGUUGUGGUUGUGAUAUGGGACAUGGCUGCACAUGGGAUAACAAUGGAUGCUCCAGAGGAAUGGGUUUCAGAGGUGUAUUGGUUAGAAACCUGGAAGCAAGUUUAUGCUAACACAAUGGACGCUAUCAAUGGAAGGAAUAUGUGGACACCUUCUUCUUGUCUAAAAACUCUUAUACAACCAAAGCACCAUAAACAAGUUGGUAGGCCAAGAAAGAAGAGGAAGAAAAGUUCAGAAGAAUUGUCUGAACAGGCAUCUAAGCAAGGGAAGUUGACAAGAGUUGGUCAAACAGUCAAGUGCACAAAGUGUGGUGGGAAAGGUGAUAACCAGAAGUCGUGCAAAGGAAAUGCAGAAGGGUAG